AUAAGAUUAUAUCUCAUGCAGGAUGUUACAAUCAUUUUCAGAAGAAGGGGUGGGGAUGAUCUUGAACAGAGCCACACUCAAUGGGUUAGGACAGUCCGAUCUUCUCCAGAUGUCAUUGAGAUGUCAUUUUUACCAAUAACAGAACUUCUUGAAGGAGUUUUAGGGAAGGACUAUCUGGCACGUGCUAUAGGUCUAUACCUUGAAUACAAGCCUCAAAUCGAAGAAUUGAGAUAUUUCCUAGAAUUUCAGGUCCCUCGGAUAUGGGCCCCUGUACAGGAUAGGUUUCCUGGACAACCAAGAAAGGAGCCUGUUUGCCCGUCAUUGCAGUUCAGCAUGAUGGGGCAAAAGCUGUAUGUCAGCCAAGAGCAAGUAUCAGUUGGCCGCAAGCCUGUAACUGGUAUGCGAUUAUGUCUUGAAGGAAUCAAACAAAAUCGACUUAGUAUUCAUCUUCAGCAUUUGGCAUCUCUUCCUAAGAUUCUACAGCCCUACUGGGAUACGCAUGUUGCAAUAGGUGCUCCAAAAUGGCAGGGUCCCGAAGAACAAGACAGCAGAUGGUUUGAGCCAGUGAAGUGGAAGAAAUUUUCCCAUGUCAGCACUGCACCCAUUGAAAACUCCGAGACCUUCAUAGGCGGUCAUCUCUCGGGUGUGUACGUAGUCACUGGAGCUCAACUCGGGGUGUGGGAUUUUGGGUCGAGAAAUGUCUUGCACAUGAAGCUUUUGUAUUCAAGGCUUCCGGGAUGCACAAUACGUAGAUCAUUAUGGGAUCAUGUUUUGAACGAUAAGUCAAGAAAACAGUUUUCCGGUGGAAGUAACUCCGACGACUCAAGUUCAAGCUCUGGGGAAAAUAGCGUGGGCAACAAGUUGCCGAAAUUUGUUGACAUGUCGGAAAUGAGCAAGGGCCCACAAGAUCCCCCAGGACACUGGUUAGUUACCGGUGGAAAACUCAGUGUAGAGAAAGGGAAAAUUGUAGUUAGAGUGAAGUAUUCAUUGCUCAAUUACUGAGUUCAUCUACGAGUUUUUAUGAUGUGCAGCCCUUCUCAUAUAUGGUAGAGGUUUUGAUUUUGGUGUACAUGUUAACUUGUUGAUCAUGCAUUUAGUGGAUUAUCUGUGUUUACUGUUUAGUGAACUGUGCUUACUAAUAGUUUGGUGGCUUUGGAUU